AUGAAGCGAGUUGGGCUGCUGCUGGGGCUGCUGGUGUUUGUGGUGUUUGUGGCUGGAGAAGAGGAUCCAUACAGAGUAUUGGGUGUCAAACGCUCGGCUACGGAGGCAGAGAUUAAAAAGGCGUAUCGAUUGCUGGCACUCAAGUGGCAUCCGGAUAAGAAUUUGGGGAAUCCACAGGCUGAAGAGCAAUUUAUGCGUAUUGGAGCGGCAUACGAUCGAUUGACGACUGUUCCAGUUGGUACAGGACAGGAACGACGUCAGAGACAAGAGCACCAGCACCAACGCUAUGAAAGGAACUAUCAUUAUCGUACUUAUCAGUAUCAGAUUCGAUGGGAUCUAUCGCAUUUGACGACGCCUUUUUUCCUCUUGAUUGGAAUUGCUGUGGUGGCGGGACUGUUGCAAUUGGGAACGAAAACGACGGAAGAAGGAGGAGAAGACACGGCGGAGAAGCAGAGAGAGAGUCCAUUGGGACAAGUAGCCAAGAUCGUUGCACCGUCAAGUUAUGAGCUGAAUGUGCUUUAUUUGACGGCGAAAGGACGACGGACGCUUGUUUUUUUACCGGCUGAGGAUCGACAUGGGUGUAGUGUACGAGAUCAAUUUAGCGUCAUCGAGAAGCUAGCAAUUGAGUUUCAACGCGACCCACUUACUUUUUGCUGGCUGGAUCUGAAGACACAACCUGCUGAUAAGUGCAUGCUAUGGGAACAGCAGUUUGGGACGAAGAUACCUGCUCCGUUUGUUGUUGCAUUGAGCUACAAAGGAAAGAAAAUAUCACUGCUGCCUCCGCGCAACAGCAGUAGCAAUGGUCGUCACGUCCUAGAGGAAGAUGUUCGCAAGUGGCUAUUGCGUCUAUUAGGUGGCGAGGUGGUCCAGAAGCCGACAGCCCAUGGUUUUAUGUGA